CAAUUUGUUGCACAAUGAAUACCACUUUUAAGGUGGCUCGAGUGAGUCUAAAUCGAUGUUGGCGGUUUGUUAGCCAGAAAGCCAGGAGUGAGGUUCCCGGUUUGCGAAGAUUACCAGCACCGGCGGUUUCCAGCCAAAGGCGUCGCUAUGCCGAACGAUAUACCUUCGACGACAGGACGCAGGCCCAAAUUGAGGGCAGGAAAAGGGAGAUGAGCGAGGUCCCGGUUCCCAAGGAGUCCCCUUGGCGCGAUGGCGAGUGGAGUGCCGAUUUCCCCGAACGUUUGGAUGAGUUGGGCUACGAAUCUCAUUGCAACGAUCGCCUGUACAUAGCGAAAAACAAAUUCCGCCACGACCACGAAAAAUAUAGAAUGGAACGCGAGGAGCGUCGCGAGGAGGCCCAGAAGAGGAUCAGUAGUCACUUUGCUCACGGUCAGGGUCACAGUCACGGUCAGGAUCACCAGGAAACGGAUACCAUUCGCCGGCGAGCCAUUUUGCAGGAUCCCGCCGAACACCAGAAACGGCAGGCGGCCAUUAUCGAGCAGAAUCGACGCAGGUGGCAGAGUCGCCCGGAAUCGAGGAGGGAAACGAAUACCUCGGAGAUAACCUAUCGCCCGGAUCCGCGAAAGGAGAAGUACAUUGAGGAGAAAAUGCAGAAGGACUAUGAAGACUACCAACGCUCACGACGACGUCCAGAGAACGCGGAGGAGACGGUGGAUAGUCAAACGGUGGUCUACGAUCCCAAUCGUCCCACUGCCGCGUGGGCGAAGAAGCGGCAGCAGGAGCACGAGGCGGAGUACUGGCACUCCUGGCACACCUGUCCAGGCUCCCGGGAGACGGAGACCACGGAGGAGGUGAAGCCCCAUCUUAAGCGCAAGAAGGUGGUGGGCAUUCCGCCCGCUUAUCCACGGGACUACCAGCGACGAGGCUAUCAUCAGAUAGUGCCGCCUACAAAUCGGCUGAAGGCCAAGACCGUAUUGCUGCUGCCAAGGCGACGACCCUCUGGCAUCGAUAAGCAGUUCCACAAGUUUGCCCGAAAACAGGCCACACUCUGGAAUCGGGACUUCCAAGAGCCGGAGGACAAUGAGGAACAAAUGCCGAAACCACAACUUGUGCCCAAGAAGGAGGACAAAAAGAAGCCCAAAAGGAAGGAGGAGCGUCGAUCGGUGGAACCUCCACGAUUCCGAAUGGUCGUGAAAACCCGAACGCCAGUUUCCCGUCCUUCGACGCCCGUCUGCAGUUACGCCGGCCAGCUGGACGUAUCGCCGCUAAACGCCGGAUUAUAUGGGGUCCCUGCGUAAAUCCGUGUCCGAAACCUGGCGAAACUUCUCCAGUGGCAGCACCAAAUAGAGGCUUUCUGGAGGCAGGAGACCAAGACAGCGUUGUGAAUUGCCCUUUUUAUCAAGAGUUAAUUUUUGAACACAUUUACUGAUAUAUUUGGCUGAGCUCCUCGCGGGGUUCUGGGAUAUUAUAGUAUACUUUAAAAUUA